AUGGCUGAUCAACAAAACUCACUCCCAUCCCCAAACAAGAACCCUCCUUCUUCACCAAUCUCAUCUUUCUUGAAUUCUCCAAGGUUUUUCAAUGGCUUUCUUUCCAAGAACCAGUUUUUUUCAGACACAGAAACUAAUAAUAAUAAUAAUAACAAUAAUGCCCUCAUCAUGAGCCCCACCUCAACACUUGACACCACCAAAAACAACCUCAGUUUUGUGAACCCAUUUGGCCAUGACAAGAUUUUGUCCCAAAUCCAAAUCCCAAUCCCAGCUGCCAAACAGGACACCACUAAUAAUAAGGCCACUGGCCUUGCCCUGAUUGACUCAAUCAUACAUGAAAAAAAUGAAAAUGGUGAUGAGUUUUAUGGUGGUGGUGGAUCAAGAAUUUUGUCCAAGCCAGUUAGCAGAGCAGCCUUGUAUGGAUCAAAAAACCAGCUCAAGGUUCAAAUUCCUCACAUAAACCCCACAUCUUCUUCGCUCGAGCCUUCGCCGCAAUCUCCGGCUGAAUUCGGAAUCAAGACGAAGAAUUCGAAGAUUUCGAGCCCUUUUCUCGAAAGCAACCCAGUUAAUAAGGACUUUACUAGGCAGCUUUCUUUGAAAGAAAUGGAGCUCUCUGAGGAUUACACUUGUGUUAUCUAUCAUGGCCCUAAUCCUAAAACAACUCACAUAUUUGAUGAUUGUGUUGUGGAUGAUAGCUGUUUGGGGGAUCAUUCAGAAGAUUCUUCUGAUCAGUGUAAGGCAAAAAUGGAUCAUUCAGAAGAUUCAUCACCUGAUUUCUUGAGUUUUUGUCACACUUGCAAGGAUAUAUUAGAACAGGGAAAAGACAUCUACAUUUACAGGGGUGAAAAAGCCUUUUGCAGCCAUGAAUGCAGGUGUGAAGAGAUGUUUUCUGAUGGGAUGAAGUAUCAAGACUUGGAUGAAAGAUGA